AUGAUUAAACUGGCAAAAUCAGAAAUUAACUCUCUUAUUCUAAAUUAUUUUAAACAAGAAUCAUUUAUUUAUACAGCAUUUGUAUUUAAAAAUGAAAGUAAAGAUGAUCUGAAAAAUAUAAGACACGAUAUUUCACUAGAAAAAAUACUCACAUAUGGUUUACAAUACAUGUAUGGUGUUGAACAUUUUAAAGAUGGAAAAGUAAAAGUUUGUAAUAAUACAUUUUCAUUAGACAGAUUACAUCUUUGUGAUGUAGUGGUAAAAAAGAAAAGAAAAAUAAAAGAUACAAAAGAAGAUAUUUUUGAUAAAACAAAUAGUUCUAGUGAAGAAAAUAAAAAUUAUUUUGAAGAUUUUAAAAUGAAAAAUAAAAAAAUUGACUUUGUUGAAAAACAAACAAACUCUUUAUGCAAAAAAGAAAAAAAUAUAAAUAAACUUUCAGAUUGCAUAAAUGUGAAUAUUUUACAGGACAAUGAGUUGCUUGAAAUGCAAAAAAUUGAACAAGAAAAAAUUAAAAAAAUUGAAUAUCAGCCUGUACUUUUAGAAAAAAAGAGUUCUAUAGAAAUACGUUUAGAUGUUAAGUCAUUGGCUCCUUGUAAGCCUUGUAAUAUUGCUACUAUUUACGAUGAAUAUUUGUAUUUAUAUGACAAACAGUCUUCUUCUCUUUACACUUUUAAAUUUGGAUCUUUUAUAGGUAUAAAAAAUAUUAUUUUUGAUAAGAUGCUUUUUGUUGAUGAUAUUCUAGUGAUGUAUGAUUCAAACAAGAUAGUAUUUUAUAAUACUUUUAAUCUUAAGUCAAAAUCAGUUUUGAAUAAUUGCUUAAAAAUAUUUUAUGAUGGUGUUAAAUUUAUUUGUCUUAAUUUAGAUGGUACUAUUUCUUAUUACAGUAGGGAUGGGAUUAAAACGGGUAGCAAUAUAUUUAUUUUUUAUGAUAUAGCAUCUGGAUGUUUUAUUGAAAACAUUUUAUUUAUUUGGAAUAAUACAGGUAAGGUUUGUAUGGUAAAUACAAAAUCUCAAGAUAUUCAUUACUUUAGUUAUAUAGGGAAAUCUGUUUUAUCACAUUCUAUUAGUGAAGGUGUUUUGUAUUUGUGCCAUGUAGAUGUAAUAGGUUCUUAUGAUUCAACAAAGAAAUGUGAAUGUAAAAUAUUUAAUAACGAAAUGACAGGCAUUUGUGCGAUAAAAAAUAAUCUUUUUGCUUUUAAAGAUAAUAUUAUUUCAGUUUAUAAGAAUGAAGAAAUUGAAAAUGUUUAUAAAGUUGAAGAAAAUAUUAGACAAAUUUUGCAGUUUAAUGAUUAUAUUCUUAUUGUAUUUAAUUCUUCAUUAGGCUUUUAUAGUCAAAAUUUAGAAUUUAUUUACAGUUAUAGUUUUUCAGAUGAUAUAGAAGAUUUAAGUAUUUUUAACAAAGAAAUCUGCAUUUUAUUAGUCAAUCAAAGUCCUUUACUUUUGUGUCUUUUAUAA